AUGCACAUGGCUGGGGAACAUGGCGGGGAGUGGACGGACUUCACGCGUGUCCUCAUGGCGGCAAGAGGAGAGCUGGGGAAGGGGCAGAUGCUGCAUGCAGACUCCUUCAACCUGGGAGACAGCAUGUCAGCGUUGGAGAUGAUGGAUCCUAAGAUGGAUGCGGGGCUCGUAAACCCUGACGUCGUCUCCGCCGAGGAGAGCUUCGAGCAAGGCCUCGUCCCCCUUCACCCAGACUUGGAGACCAUGGUGGCGCUCUCUGACAAGAUGCUAGCUCUGGAGAUGACGUGGGUACGAGGGACAGGUUUCUUUCCUCGACCUAGAUCUGUCUUCACCUGCUUGUACUGUCAUCGUCCGGACGAGAUUCAGAAUCAGAGCCUGAGGCUGUACUGCCAGGCUCUGCUCAAGAGCUGCGAGUUGGUGAAGAAGGCUGUCUCACGGGCGAACGUGUAUGAGGAGGAGGACUUUAGCAUGAACUUGGGAGGGUUCUCUUUCUACGACAAGCUGAGUGAGGAGCCCUUGACAAGCCUUGGCGACAGCUCGCUGACGGGGCUGGAGGAGAACUUGCAGAAGCACCUUAAGCUAGUCAAGAUGUCUGCCGGUGGGAAGGGAGAAGGAGGAGAGAGCAGGGAGGUGCCGUCGGAAGGUCAAGAGACCAGGCAGCAGGCAGGAGCUCCGACAGAGGGUUUCAUCUUGGAUGUACAGGAUGCUCCCGUAUUGGAAGCCUUCUUGGCGAGGAUCAGGCUGAGACGGGCCUGGCUGGGCGUGCUGCACAACCUCUCCAAGGGUUUCAAAAGUCUUAAGUCGGCUCAUAAGCUUAUCGCCUAUGCCCUCGCGCAGCUGUCGGUCACCAGGGCCACCGUCAACUAUGACUCCAGCAGGGUCGGCAAGUUUGCGAUUCAACCGCGGCUGAACAUGAAGCUCAUGGCUCCUUCUCCUCCUCGUCCUGUCCCGAUCCUCAACCUCUCCGCAGCCUUCGACGAGCUGGAGGAGCAGCUCAACUUCCUCAAGACUCUAUGCGUCAAGCUUCCCUUCGUCACCUCCCUCUCUCAGCUCCAUCACUUCCUCGAGGACUACACCUCCGGCUCUCCGGCGCCUGGCGCUCUUCCUCGUUCGUUUCUCCGACUCCUCCUGACCUCUGGGAACUUCUUGGGAGGAGAGAACACGCAGCAUCUGGUGCGGCAGAGCAUGGCGGACUACCUGAUCCCCGAGCAUGCCUUGCAGAGUGUCUCCGCCGCCUCCUUCAUCCACACAACGUCCAAGCUGGUUCUCAACUACUGCACCUCCUCCUGCUACAACCUCGGUCGACAGCGGCGGCGCAUGGCAAGGAGCAUCGAUGACUGGGCACAUGCUCAGCUGGAAGCGGAGCUGGUGGACCAGACAGUCUUCCUGGUGUACGAGGACAGGAAGCCUUGCCUGCUGUCGGAGACAGGAGCGUUCUUCAGCGGCUGGCUCCUGGACCAGAUGCUCGUCAUGGUUGUACGCUACUUCGAGCUGGGAUUCCAGCUGAGGUUGUACGCGGGCUUCGAGCACAGCAUGCUCUACUGGUACAUGGACUACCUGCUGGGGGUUCGGAUCAACUGCCAGCCUUCCAUCUUCUUCCCCAAGUCCAGGCAGCACCAGCUGGAGGAGAGCAGGGGGGUAGCUGAAAAGGGGGGCAAGGGGGCAAGCAAGAAGAAGGACAAGUCCAAGGGGCACGGAGGGAAGACGGGAGGAGCGAAGAAGAGCGAGCCGUCGAUGGAGCAACUGAUGCUGGAAGCGAAGCAAGCCAUGUGCCGGGGCGUGUUCCGCCUCAUAGCCGGGCUGAACAGCGAGAAGAUCUACGAGCUGGAUGAGCUGAGCCGAGCGACGCUGCCGCUGCGGUUCCAGCGGAGGUUCGGGCCCGUGAUGAGGGUGGAGCAGCCGCAUGCCCUGAGCUUCCUACACUAUGAGGAGAACACUGACUCUUCCCAGUACCACCCGUCUGAGCUCUACGGGGCCGCUGCAGAGAGUUUCUUCCAGGCUCGCACGGUCGCAGACAAGCUUGUGCACAAGCUGCAAGCUUCCUCCUCGGAAGAUGCUGGGGUUCUGCUGGACGAGAUGGCGAAGACGGCCAAGGGGCUCGUGGCCGUUGCCACGUUCAACGAGUCACUUGCUGAGUUCACCUACCAGCGGUCGAUAGCUGGGCAGCAGCAAGGGGGGAGGGGAGCUGGGAGCGACGAUUUUCCUCUUCCCCCGGGCUACAAGAUGGCGCAGGAGUACACGGAGUGGACAAGGAGGAAGAGCAGGAAGGAGGAGGAUGCUGCUGAGAGCAGAAGCAGGGGGGGAGAAGAGAGACCUGAUGAGUGGCAAGACGAGUGGAAACCUUGGAUGAACGCUAUGGAGCACAACCUUCUUUGCGAUGCGCCGCAGAUGAAAGUGACGAAGAAAGUCUCGUUCAUUUUCGGACCAAGUCAAAUUUAUCCCUUUGUGAUGAUAGACAUGAAGAGAUAA